AUGGAAGAAUUCGAUAGAGUUCCCAUUGACAUUCAAUCUAUCAACAACCCCAGUUUGAGUCCCAGCAGCAGCAGCAAUGGUCAUACAUUGACCAUAUCUCCUGGAAUGACACAAAACAUUAUGCUUCCAAAGUUGGGUUUGACAAGAGGUCUAGUUCCGUCGUUACAGCACGUGACGGGACAAAAAUUCAAAAGCAAAUCGUUUGCAACAGAGAAGGAUUUAAGAAUACAGGAGCUCAACAUUGUCACUCGUAGUCAAGUGCAGAUGCAGGGGAAGGUCCUUCCCGUCCAAAGCGGCGAAGGGUUUCAAACAGAACUGGUUGCAGAGCUAGGAUUAUGUUUAAGUACAUUGGAGCAGCUGGGUACCAAGUUACAACUUUUAUUGAAAAACAUAAUCACAGCAUAUCUUCGGUUCUGUCAGAUUGUGGGGGAUUACUCUGAAGUUGGAGCGACUAUAAUGGACUUUAAAAAUGUUAGAAGGGAUCUCAGAGCAUACAUAUUGGGAGCUGAUGCACAAAUACUGGUGCAUAAUCUUAUUAAGAAACAAGAGAUGUGCCCUGCAUUUGCUUUUGACUACGAGGUUGAUGAAGAUGAGCAGAUGAGCAGACUGUAUGAUCUGGCAAUGGGUAUGGAACCAAGAAUAAUUGUCAUCGAUCAAGAUCCAGCUAUGAAAGUGGCGAUUCCAACAGUUUUCAAGCAAGCCAGGCAUCGUUAUUUCAUGUGGCACAUCAUGUGUAAAGAUGGGGAAAAGGUGGGUCCUACGCUGAACAAGGAUGAGGAAUUCAGGAACAAACUGAACUCAAUCGUUUGGACGUCAUCUUUGGAACCUCCUGAUUUUGAGAAGCAGUGGAGAGAGCUCAUGGAAAAGUACAACUUAGUCGAGCACAAUUGGUUUACAACUAUGUUUGAGGCUAGAAAGCAUUGGAUCCCAGCGUAUUUUAGAGAUAGCUUUAUGGGGGGUUUACUCAGAACAACUUCUCGUUCCGAAAGUGAGAACUACACGUACAGCCGUUUUACUGGUCCCCAAUCAAACCUAGUUGAAUUCAUGAUGAACUUUGACAGUGCUCUUAAAUCACAACGUAACACAAAUGCAAAGCUCAACAGUGACAACGAAGGCUACAAUCCAGAUAUGAAGACGCCUUUGGGGAUUGAAAAGCACGCUUCAAUCGUCUACACCAUUACUGUUUUCUAUCAAGUUCAGGAAGAAAUAUGUGCCUCCUGUUUCAAAUGUAUGGUGUUGAGUGUUAGAGAAGACGGUGGAAUGUUGCACUAUGAUAUUAUGCAUGGAAAGAACAAAAGAUUUACUGUGGUUCACAACGUAAAUGACCAUGAGGCCAAAUACAGUUGCAAGAUGUUUGAGAUGGUUGGACUGUUGUGUAGACACAUAUUUGUGGUCUUUAGAGACCUUGAAAGGAUCCCUCUGAAGUACGUGGUUAAUCGGUGGACUAAGGAUGCAUCUUUAAAAGCUACAUUUGAAAUAGAUGGUGUCAUUUAUGAUCAGAAUGGACCAAAGGAUGAAAAGAAGAUGUUGCUGAACAAAGUGUGGUCUGAUAUACACUGCUGUAUGGAUCUGGCAGGUUCAAACAUGGAGCAAUUGACUGCAUUUUCCCAAGUGAUUAAUGAACAGAAACUGCUGCUACUGUCAGGAAAAGAGAAAUUGUCCCCUCAGCACAGCAGGAGAACUGUUAUAGAAUCAUAUUGUGGAUCAACAGAAAUUUCAGAGAUCAACAUACUCCUACCGAAACAGGCAAGGAACAAGGGCAACGGCAAGCGCAUCAAAAGCAGCAAGGAGUUGGCAAUGGAAAAACAAGAGGGUAGGAAGUGCAAUUUUUGUGGUGUUAGAGGAGAUCACCAUGACACCAGGACUUGCCCACUUAACCCCAAAAUUAAGGACAAGCAAAAGGGUAAGAAAAAGGCAUAG